AUGAGCUCCGAAGGUAGCGCCAUGAUUCGCUGUACAUGCGCAGCUGCUCAGUCUGAGCGACGGCCGACCGUACGGCGCCGUACUUGGGCAUUGACGCUACUCGCUGCACUCGCCCUAUUAGCCUUCAGCUCCUGCCCCCAAGUGUCUGCACAAGAGCAGCAGGUCCUAGGCUUAGCGGACGAGGUACCGCCGCCCGCGCACGCUUCACAACCUGUCGAGCCGCUAUCACGGCAGGACGAAUCAGAGGAGGAUGAUCUAGACAUUUUGAGAGAUACAAUCGCCUGGGAAGCGGGCUUCGAUCGCGGCGGUACCACAGCGUACGACGAAGAACACACUCAUGCUGAAUCGCCCGACACAUUCAACGCGGACGACAUCCAAUAUGUCCUCAGUGACGUUGAUCUCACGGAUGACGGCGAAGCAGAGCGGGUAGUCGCAAGCUUAGUGAACGACGACGGUACCGAAGCGUCCGUCGAGGUCAUCGUAGACGUUGCCGACCAGCUUCAGGCACAAGACGCUGUAGAUCAGGCGGCGGGGCCGCAGAACGCUGACUGGUCAAAUUUCGAAGAAGAAUUGCUCGAGCUGGCCAAACUUACCGCUUACGAAGCUUCGACGCAAGUGCCACACGAGACUGCCGCACGUCACGCAGCAGAAAGCGAGCCGAAGCGACAGCGACAGGAUUCGCCCAAAGCAAACCGAGCCAACGCAGAACAGCCGCAGCUUAGCACAGAUCAAGAACGCGCGCAAAGGCUAUACAAACGCGCGACACAGCUGCUCGACAUGCUGCAAAACACGGUGCCUGAUUACACCCCGCCGUCUUCGUCGACACUUUUGCCGCCUGCCGGCUCGGGUCCGAGCGAGGAGGAUACGACCAAUUGGUUCGCUACAAUGAUCAAACAGCGCGUCAAUCUCGAGCACUCUGGACCUUUUUCGCCUUUGCUCCGUCAGCUCAGUCGAGGCCUUGACAGCUUACAGACUGCUCCAUCGGAUUCCGCUACAUCAAAUGACGCGCCUAGCAGUUCUGCACCCGAGUCACAAGACAUGACGCCCCGUUCCGUGCUCAUGAAGAUCUAUCAUGCUUUCAGCGGAGGCCGACAAUUCCUCAGAGAUCCCGCCGCCGGGUCAAAAGCUGCAAUGGCAAAGCUGGCCCAUCUCAGUCGACUUGCUGCGCCAGAGAAGUCUCGAAAGACAGUAGCGAUCGGUCAGGCAAUGCAAAAAGUGCUCGAACUCCUUACAGAAGCAGAGAGCCUAGGGUACAAUGACGCCAAGCUCUUGCUUGCCAACAUUCAUCUCUGGGGUCAUUACACCGUGCCUUCGACGCCUCAGCUGGCCUUCAGACGCUACAAAGAUAUGGCAGACCAGACAGGGAACUCUACAGCACAAUCUAUGCUCGCCUUCCUGUAUUCUUCUGGCUACAGAGGAGCUGCGGAUACCAGCGUGGUUCAAGGCGUUGGCGAUCAGCCAAUGGCAUUACUCUAUCACACAUUUGCUGCCCUUGCUGGUCUGCCGGAAGCUGAGCUGGCGAUAGGCUACCGUCAUUUGGCAGGUAUCGGUCUCCCUGCGAGCUGUCAAGAAGCUCUGCCAUUCUACAAGAGUGCUGCCUCCAAGGCUAUCGCCGAAUUUGAGAGCGGCCCGCCCGGAGGCCGGCACCUGCCGCCGUCGAAGAUCAGAUUGGCAGACCUUUCGGGCGGCGUGUAUGGCGCUGGUGCAUCUGUCGUAUCUACCGGACCCAACGCAAAGAUGGCGGCUCAGACGCCCGGCACGCUCACGCCCACUACUCGCCAAGAAUGGGAAGACGUCCUCGAGUUCUAUCACUUCCAUGCAGACCGUCAUGACGCUGGCUAUAUGUUCAGGCUCGGAAGGAUUUACUACAACGGCUUCGGCGGCGGCGUCGUCGCUCAGCUAGAGCGAGGCGAGGGUCAUGAUGACCCCGGCGGCCGUGACUUUGCAAGAGCGCUGAGGUGGUUUGAAAGGCUCGCACGCUCUGUCUGGCCACGGGACCCGCCAGGCGUUGUCACAUUGACCCCGCAGCAGCCCGGUCAGUCUCAGCAAGCUACGAUCAAAGCAUACGACGACGCGAAAGACAUCAAGACAAUCAUUGACGAUCAUUCUCAGAUGGUUGCAGGACUUGCCGCAGGCUACCUCGGCCGCAUGUAUUUGCGUGGCGAAGGAUUACCGCAAGACUUUUCAAAGGCCUUCCUCUGGUUCAGUCGUGGCCUCCGCUCGGGCGAUAGAGAAUCUCAGUACGGACUCGGCUUGAUGUAUCGUGACGGUCUCGGCGUCCUCAGAAAUCCCAAGCUCAGCGUCAGCUUGUUGCAAGAAGCCUCUGCGCAAGAGCACACAGAUGCGCAAGUUGCUCUUGGCAAACUUUUCUACGAUUCGGGUGAUUACCUGGCCGCCGCGCAGUACUUCGAACACGCAGCUCGUCACGGCGACACCUUUCAGUCUUAUUACUGGCUCGCAGAAAUGUCAGCACAUGGCCUCGGCCGACCAGAAAUCUGCACCGUAGCUGUGGCGUAUUACAAGAUCGUUGCUGAGCGCGGCGAUUGGAAGCACGAGGUCUGGUGGGAGGCAGAGCGUGCGUGGGCGAGAGGAGAUCGCCAAAGAGCCUUCUUGGGCUACUGGAUGAUGGCUGAGCGAGGCUACGAGCAAGCUCAGAACAACGUCGCUUGGAUCCUUGACCAAGACAAGCGCGCCUUGCGCAUUCCAAUGAUAGAUGGCAUGCGCCGCAACAUCACGGACCGGCUCGCCCUGACAUUCUGGACGCGCUCAGCAGCUCAGAACAAUAUCGAUGCAUUGGUGAAGAUGGGCGACUACUACCUAAGCGGGUAUGGGACAUCCACUGGCGCACCUCAACCACAGAAGGCCGCAGCAUGCUACUCUAGUGCCGCAAUGACGCACGUCAGCGCAAUGGCCAUGCACAACCUCGGUUGGCUACAUGAGAACGGCAUCGGCGUCGAGAAAGAUUUCCACCUCGCUAAGCGAUACUACGAUCUCUCCUUCGAGACGAACGCACAAGGCUACUUACCAGCCACGCUGUCGCUUCUGCGGCUAUAUGUUCGCAGUCUUUACCAUAUGCUCUCGGGCUCGAGUACUCAUAGCCUAUCGCUCUUCGCGCCCGAUGCGACGACGGACUUGCCGAGCAAAGCUCAGCCGAGAAAGUGGUGGUCAUUCGGCGACCUGAGAUCGGAAGCUGCUAAGCGUUGGCAGAACAUGCUCGAAGAGGAUGGACAGGCCCUGCAAGCUGUCAACACAGAAGACGGCGCUGGUGGAACCAACAGCGUUCACGAUGCGCAGCGUGCGUUGGUGGGCAACGAGGAUCCCGUGCAAUGGGCACGGGCAGCGCAAGCUCGCGAACGAGCGGAAGAAGCUCUUCGAGAGGCCGAAGAAGAUGACUCGCUAUUCGGCCUGGGCUUGGAGGGCUCGGACGACUUUGCGGAGACGCUACUUAUUCUAGGCAUCUGCUUCGCCAUCGCAUGGCUCGUCUAUGUCCGCCAAGCACGGCAAGACGCAAACGCGAGGCGAAGACAAGACGCUCUCAUGAAUAAUCAAGCGCUAAUUGCGCCUGUAGAUUGA